AUGGGCGCCGAAACCAAGCGGCCAUCGGCAGCGGGGGGGGGCCAGGCUGCGCGGGCGAAGGCGCCAGUCUACCGCUCGGCGGCGGUUGCGGAUGCUGCGCAGGCCAAGAAGGGCGUCGAUCAGGGAAAAUCGACAGCGGCCGCGGCGGGCGCGUCAUCAACUGCAGCAAAGGGCGGCGGCUUCUUCUCGGGGCUGCUAGGCUCAGCCGAGGCCCCGGCGCCUGCAGCGUCCGAGGACGCUGGAAAAGCAACGAAAGGCGGCUUCUUCUCGGGUCUGCUGGGGGGAACUCGGGCAGCGGACGUCCCGCCUGCAGAGGCGAACAGUUCUGGCAGCUAUUUCUCCGGGCUCUUUAGCGGCGACGCUGGCGCGUCCGCUGAGUCCGCAAAGUCGGCAAAGUCUCCGGCCAAGGGUGCUGCGGCUACAGCGUCGGCGGAAGGCAAGCGGUUUUCCAAACAUGAUUUGGGGCUGUUCGGAGAGCGAUCGAGCGAGGCAGUCGAAGACCUUCGCCGCUUCAGCGGCUCCUGGUCGAGGAGCCCCAAGCAGCAAACAAAGGAGGAGGAGGCGGCGGGUCUCAUGGAGCGGCUGACGGGACGCCGCUCCUCUUCUGGCGCCAGUGACGCAUCCAAGAGCUUUGUGAAGCACGACCUUGGUCUGCUAGGGGACCGAUCGAGCACAGAGGCUCAGAGACCAAAGCCGACACCAGCAGAGUCGCGGAAAGCGACCAAGGCAACCAAGACGCGAGACGUUGCGGCCAGCGACGGUAGCGCUUCCGCGCAGCCAUCGCUGUGGCACCCCCCGUCAGAGAUGGGCGCAGACGCCACCGACGUCUACGCAGCAGCAGCGGACCAGAGCACCAAGGGCCUUCAGGCCUCGGACACUCAAUCGGAGGCAGCAACGAUCUCGCCUUCAGAGACGAGCUCAGAUGCCACCGAGGCCUACGCGGCAGCAAUGGCCGCUCUUGACGAUCCCAGCUUGGAGGACGGGUUGACUCUGGCAACUGAUCUGGCACCGAUGGAGGAAGCUAACAUGGCUGAAGUCGAAGCAGGGCCAUCCGUCACUGAGGUCGCUCAGUCGGGCGCCGCACUGAGUGACGUCAAGUCGGCCAUUUCAGAAGCCGAUGGACGGUCGCAACCCGUGGCGCCAGUGUAUCGCCGCGCUAGCUUCACUGCGGAGAAGGCGGCGGUCGUGGAGGCGGCCACCAAAGAGGCGGCUGCCGAGGAGGUGGCUGCUGAGAAGGCUGCGGUUGAGCAGACCACUCAGGACGAAAUCGCGGAGAGGGUGGGCAAAGCAGUCAUGGAGAGGUCGCGCAGCCGUGGUGUUUCGGCAAAGCAAGCUGUGUCUGAGGGCUUGGCGGCAGAGAAGGCAGCAGAGGAGGCGCUUGCCGCCGGUGCAUCUGCACCGCUUGCCAUGGUGGCUGCAGGCAAAGCAGCGGCCAAGGCAGCAGCAGAAGAAGCUGAGGUGGCUGCAAGCGCGGCUCAGGAGGCUCUGGCUGCCGGCGUGUCUCUGGCUGCUGCAAAAGUAGCAGGCAGCGCGGCAGCUGAUGCGUUUGGCCUCGGUAAGACGCCCGCGGAGGCGGCCAAGCUUGGCGCGAAGGCAGCGGCGGCAGCUCAAGAUGCGCUCGACAGCGGCGUUUCGCCCGAGGCGGCGACGGUGGCGGCCGAGGCGACGACCAACGCCCUUGCACUCGGCAAGGCCCCCGAAGAGGCGGCCAAACAAGCCACCGCCGCCGCAAAGGCGGCGCAAGAGUCAAUCCGUAGCGGCGCCUCGCCGGAGGUGGCUGCCCUGGCGGGCGACGCCGCGGCGAAGGCGAUCGACCUGGGAAAGUCGCCAAAGGAGGCAGCCAAGGCCGGCACCGCGGCGGCCAAGGCAGCACAGGACGCAGCGGCCGCUGGUGCGUCAGCUGAGGCCGCAAACAUGUCGGCAGACUUAGCGGCAAACGCUGUCGGCCUCGGCAAGAGUACCAAGGAGGCGGCCAAGGCGGCGGUGGCGGCUGCGACGGCGAUUGACGAAGCAAUCGCCGCCGGUGCCUCGCCCGACGCUGCGAAAGCAGCAGGCAAGGCAACUGCGGACUUGCUUGCGACCGGCGAGACGCCGGAGGAGGCGGCCAAGCAAGCCAGUGCCGCGGCCAAGGCAGCGCAGGACGCCAUCGAGGCCGGUGCCUCGCCUGAAGCUGCCUUGCUGGCGGGAGAUGCGAUGGUCCAAGCGCGCAGUGUCGGCAAGACAUCGAAGGAGGCAGCCAGGGAGGCUGCGGUUGCGGCAAAAGCUGCGCAAAAGGCUCUCGAUGCUGAGCUAGCUUCCGCAUCGGCUGACGCGGUGGCGGACGCACUCGACGCUGGCGCUCCGCCUGUUGCCGCGGAGGCGGCCGGCGACGUAGCGGCCACGGCGAUUGAUGACGGCAAGACCGCAGACGAAGCUGCCAAGCAGGCGGCGGCGGCAGCCAAGGGGGCAAAGGAUGCGAUUCGCUCUGGCGCAUCGCCUGAGGCGGCCAAGGCAGCAGCCACCGCCGCGGCGAAGGCCAUCGGCGAAGGCAAGACGCACGAGGAGGCGGCAGCGGAGGCGACGGCGGCAGCCAAGGCUGCCCGUAAAUCAGGCCCCAUAGGACGCAUAUCGGGGCUGUUUCGGUCCGGCUCAUCAAGUGCUACCGUCGAUCCAGACGCGCCACGGAAGUCGUUCGUCAAACACGACCUCGGGCUGCUUGGCGACCGCGUCGACUUGCCCAAGAUGGAUGUACCAGACGCGAGCGUCAACACGCCGGAGAUCGAUGGGAGCCUCAAGGUGCCAGAAGCCGCCGCGGAGGGAGGCUUCUUCGGUGGCCUCAGCAGUGGCUUCAGUGGCCUCUUCGGAGGCAAGUCGAGUGCCAAGAUCCCCGAAGCCGACGUCGACCUGCCGGACGCGACUCUUCAGACGCCAGACAUUAACGUCGAGGUGCCAAAGCUGCCGCGUGAGGUGGCUAAAGAGGCUGCUGCGGCCGCCAAGGCUGCUCAGAAGGCUCUCGACGCCGGGGCCACGCCCGAGGCUGCCAAGACGGCGGGUGAGGCGGCGGCCCGAGCACGUGGGCUCGGCAAGUCGCCAGACCAGGCAGCAAAGGCGGGCGAGGAGGCGGCCAAGGCUGCGGAGGGCGCCCCCAGCGCCUCCGAUCCCGGCGAGCAAAAGCAGUCGUUGUUGUCGGGACUGAUGGAGAAGGCUCGCUCGGGUGGCUCAAAGCUGAUGGAGUCCGCUUCGUCCAUGCUUCCCAGUCGGUCCAAGGCCAGCGAAGCCGGCGGCGGAGAGGGUGGCUCGACCAGGGACCUCGCAGCCGCAAGCGGAGCGGACGCUGGCGGCACGAGCCGUUCUCCAGGCAGCAGCGGCUCCUACAGCAAGUAUUUGCUACCGCUGAUACUGCUACUUCUUGGCCUACUUGUCGGGGCAUACGCUGCCAGUCGUGGGGGAUCUGGCUCUUCAGCGGCAUCUCGCGCGCUGCCGUUCAUUGGCGCAGAGCCAGAGCCGGACUCUGGCGCGCUCGGCCCUCUCGCUGCCCUGGGAUUCGUGCUGCUUCCCCUCUCCUGCGCCUAG